UUUUUUUUCAGGCUUCACACCACCGAUUUAUAUUUUACUUUUCCAAAUGUUUGGAGGACAACAUUAUUUUCAACAUUUAUUUUUAAAUUUUCAAUGUGUUGUCCAUACCUUAUUAUUUUUUACAAUUAUUCCCUUAAUUGAUUCUCGAAAUGCUAGAGAUUAUGAUGGUUUUCUAGCUCCGGAUUCACUUAAACCAAUUUCUUGGCUUUUGGGUGUUUGGCGUUCAGAACAUGAUGGAAAGGCGAUGUUCCCCACAAUUCCAAAAUUUACUUAUGGUGAAGAAAUUUCUAUAAGCCUAACAAAUCCAAAAUUGCAUGCUGAACCAGCUUUUAAUUACACUGCCUUUGCUUGGUCAGCUCAUGACAGAGACGAAUUACACAGUGAAAAUGGUUACAUAACUGUUUAUUCUGGUGGUACGCGUGUAGCCCUAACUACUGUUAUGAAUAAUGGCUUUGUAACAGUCGAAGAAGGCCCAGUCUCCAACUUUCGUAUUCGUUUCAAAUUGGUGGAUAUUGGCAGAAUCAGUUUUUCGCGUGAUUUGCCAGUUCACGACUUGGUUAGAGAAUGGUCCUUAAUUGAUGGGCAUCAUUUGGAGGCUAGAUUGGAUAUGGAAACGUUAACACACGGAAUGCGUGAACACACCACAAUAAUUUACACAAAAAUAUUUCCAUAA